AUACCAUUAACACUGGAAUGAACAAACACAAACCCUGGAUUGAGACAUCAUACCAUGGAAUCAUAACUGAAAACAAUGACACUGUGAUCUUGGACCCUCCCCUGGUUGCUUUGGAUAAAGAUGCUCCUGUUCCCUUUGCAGGUGAAAUCUGUGCUUUUAAAAUCCAUGGGCAAGAAAUGCCCUUUGAGGCUGUUGUGCUGAACAAGACAUCUGGAGAAGGUCAGCUUCGAGCAAAGAGUCCCGUUGACUGUGAGCUGCAGAAGGAAUACACAUUCAUCAUCCAGGCCUAUGACUGUGGAUCAGGACCAGGUGGAAAAAACUGGAAGAAAUCUCACAAGGCAGUAGUCCAUAUCCAGGUGAAGGAUGUCAAUGAGUUCUCCCCAGCAUUCAAGGAGAGUGUGUACAAGGCCUCAGUGACAGAGGGGAAGAUCUAUGACAGCAUCCUGCAGGUGGAAGCCACAGAUGAGGACUGCUCCCCCCAGUACAGCCAGAUCUGCAACUACAAGAUUGUCACGGCAGAUGUGCCCUUUGCCAUCGACAGGAACGGUAACAUCAGGAACACCGAGAAACUGAGCUAUGAUAAACAGCACCAGUAUGAGAUAAUGGUGACAGCUUUUGACUGCGGGCAGAAACACGCAACAGAAGAUGUCUUGGUACACGUUAAUGUCAAACCCGUGUGCAAACCAGGCUGGCAAGACUGGAACAAACGGAUUGAAUACAGGCCUGGCUCUGGCAGCAUCCCCUUGUUCCCCAGUAUUCACCUGGAAACGUGUGAUGGACCAGUGUCCUCAAUCCACACCACCAUUGAGCUGCAGACCAGUUCCAUCGGAAAGGGCUGUGACCGCGAAACCUACUCUGAAAAAUCUCUGCAGAAAUUAUGUGGAGCUUCCUCAGGUGCCAUUGAUCUGUUACCAUCUCCCAGUGCAACAACCAACUGGACAGCUGGGCUCCUCAUGGAUAACAAUGACAUAAUUUUUAAAUUUGAUGGAAAGCAAGGAGCCAAAAUCCCAGACGGAAUAGUCCCGAAAAAUUUAACUGAUCAAUUCACCAUCACUCUGUGGAUGAAACAUGGACCUAGUCCUGGAUUAAGAGCCGAGAAGGAAACCAUUCUCUGCAACUCUGACAAGACAGAGAUGAACCGGCACCACUACGCGCUCUAUGUGCACAACUGCCGCCUCGUGCUCCUGCUGCGCAAGGACUUCCACCGUGCCGACACCUUCCGCCCCGCCGAGUUCCACUGGAAGCUUGACCAGAUCUGUGACAAGGAGUGGCACUACUAUGUGGUCAACGUGGAGUUCCCCGUGGUGACGCUGUACAUGGACGGGACCACCUAUGAGCCGUACCUGGUGACCAACGACUGGCCCAUCCACCCCUCCCACAUCGCCAUGCAGCUCACAGUGGGGGCUUGCUGGCAAGGAGGUGAAGUCACCAAGCCCAGGUUUGCUCAGUAUUUCCAUGGCAGCCUGGCCAGUCUGACAAUCCGGCCAGGGAAAAUUGAGAGUCAGAAAGUGAUUUCCUGUUUGCAGGCCUGCAAGGAAGGCCUCGAUAUCAAUUCUCUUGAGAGUCUUGGCCAAGGAAUAAAGUAUCACUUCAACCCUUCCCAGUCAGUCCUUGUCAUGGAAGGAGAUGACAUUGAGAAUAUAAAUCAAGCCCUUCAAAAGGUCUCAUACAUCAACUCCAGACAGUUUCCUACUGCAGGCGUACGAUGUCUCAAAGUCUCAUCUAAAGUCCAAUGUUUUGGUGAAGAUGUCUGCAUUAAUAUCCCAGACAUAGAUGCCUAUGUAAUGGUGUUUCAGGCCAAUGAGCCUAAGAUUACCAUAACUGGGAUGGGCCACUUUGCUAGACCAGCUGCAGAGUUUGAAAGUGAAAGAGGUGUUAUUUUGUUACCUGACAUCAGGAUCAUCAGCACAGUCACCAAAAUGGAGCAUUCAGAGGACUUGAGAGAAUAUGACAGAGCCAAUAAGCAAGUGGUGGUAGAGGAAAUGGUCCACAACUUGGAUUUCUGUGAUGUUUUGGUCAUUGGUGCAGAACUAGACCCCCAGCAAGAGUGUUUAGAACUAGAUCAUGGGGAGCUUCAAGGAAAACAUCUAGAUGCCACAAAUUCCACUGCAGGAUAUUCAAUCUAUGGUGUUGACAGCAUGUUCAGCUACGAGCAGGUGCUGCGGCAGCUCCGCUACCGCAACUGGGGCAGCUCGGUCACCUCCGACAGGAAAUUCAGGGUCAAGUGCUCCGAGCUCAACGGGCGCUACACCAGCAACGAGUUCAACCUGGAGAUUAAUAUUCUACACAGUUCCAACUCCAACUUUAUGGACCAUGUAAAUCACAUGAUAGUCCAGCCCAAAUUUCUCCAAUCUGUUCAGCACCCUGAGGGGAGUGUAAGUGCAGCUCACAGCUCAGUGAUUCCCAGCGUGGCCACAAUCGUUAUCAUCAUCUGUGUGAGCAUCCUGGUGUUGGUGAUAACUCUGGGAGUGUUCCGGCUCCGGUCGGCUCGUCAGCACGGCUCCGUGGGGCACGAGGGAGCCAGGGAGAGCGAGAUGGACUGGGAUGAUUCUGCUCUCACCAUCACUGUCAACCCCAUGGAGAAAUAUGAAAAGCCACACCAGACAGAAGAGGAGAGUGAGGAAGAAGACAUAGAUGAUGAAGAGGAAGACACAACCAGUGCUGAAUCAGAUGACAGUGAGGAGGAGGAAGAGGAGGAAGAGGAGGAGGAAGUGAUUGUCCAAAAGGGAGACAAACAGAAUGCCACCAGGCAAGAGCAGUUGGAGUGGGAUGAUUCAACACUCCCCUACUAACAAACAGCCCUCCAGCCACAGCUCUUUUGUAGCAACCAAUACAAUGUUUUUUCAGAGUCUGUGAAUUCAUUGACAGGAUUUGAACUUCUGCUUGCCUAUAACUGUUUAGCCUAAAAUGAUCUUGUUGUAGUAAUUGAUACUGAUAGAACUGACCCUUUUCUUACAAAGCCUGGGGAGAACGUGGUACAAACCUCCUGGCGUACGCACGAAUAAAGUAAUUCAGAACUUGAUCUGUUAGCAAGCAUAGUUCUCAAUUUCCUGUUUCUACCCUGCAGAUGUGUGACAAAAGUCCUGUCACUCAAUCCAUAGAAGUUUUUGCCUUUGCUACUUUUUUCACACAGGAGAUAUUUCAGCUUGUUAUGGAAGAAUUACUUCUGUGGGUCCAAAUACCAGUUGCCAUCUAACUUCAUAUUCUUACAGGUGUAAAACACAUAAUCCACCUCCAAACUGGGGCAGGGCUUUAGUGCUACAGGGGCUGAACUCCUGCCUUUUGGAUGUUAGCUGUCUUCUCCACGGGAAUAUCUAGGCUUGACAAGGGAUGCAUGUGUGCCUAUGUAGAUGUGGAUGGUGUAUUUUUUCAGGCAUGCUGUCAUACCCUCAAGAGAGGGAUUUUUAUCCAACCUACCAAUAGAAAUUAAAAAUGAGUUUAAGAAAAACAGCAACAAGAAGGGGCUGCUGAAGGUUACCAGAAAAAAAAAAAACCAACGACCCAGCUCAUUCUCAGUCCACAAAAAGUAAUAUGGCCUUAUGCAAACUGUAAAUUCUAAUGGGAUUGAUUCACUGAAAAUCUGUAGAGCUGUUCAUUAGUUAUGGAUUGAGCAAUUUGCAGCAAAUCGAUGCUUUAAACCGUCUGUCUCAUGGAAUCAUUAGCUUACUGCAGCAUCUUACUGAACUAGUGGAAAAUAAGUGACCCCAUUAUUCCAUAACUAUAUGUAUGGCUGGGAUUUAAGCAAUUACUUUAAAUGAAGAAAAUGUUCCCUUUUGCUUAGUGAAUGCCAGCUGGAAUUCCUGUCUGACUGUAUUCUAGAGAAACAUGAUACCCUAUUUCUUCUGUACCCCUGCCUGCCUGUAGUGCACAAGAGAAAGGAACAACACUGAGAGCCCUCUUCUGUGCUCAUCAUUCUCCCUUAUUUCUUCUUCCUGAAGCCAUUGAAGUUGAGACUUUAUAAAGCAGACAAGGAAAAAUAAAUCCUACAUGGAACCAAAAUAGUUGAAAACUAAAAUCUUUAGAGGUUGAGAGAGUAUUUUAGUUUGUUAUGGUAACACAGCAUAUUUUUCUUAAACACUGUUUAAAAAGGAAAAAAAAAAAAAAAAAAAAAGGAAAAAGCAGAGUUACAUACACAGUGUGUUGAUAGGUCUGUGUGGUGUGGUUUUUUGUCCCCUUUCUUUGAGUACCUUUGCAUCUUCAUCUGCUCUGCUUACCAAAUGCUGCAGCAAUUGCUGGGGUAGCUUCUCCAAUGCUUAGAAGCAAAAUAGCAUGGAUGUGAACACUGCUUAGUGGCUUGUCUGGGUUAUUUUCCUGAGUACUUUGUUUUCUUUGCAAUUUCAUCUUUGACUUUUGCUGCUGUAAUCUGCUGUUUAAAAUGAGCUGCUUCCUCUUUCCACUCUCCCAGUCAGUCUUGCCACAACAGAGCCUUCCUGAGUGCCCUGAGUGGGGGCUGAUGUUGCAAAGGAUACUUGGAACAAUCGUGAGGGAAUCCACCUCCAUCAAUACUGGAUUAUUUAGCAGCCCCUGAAUGUCAUGGGAUGUAGGGAAUACAUAGUGUGUUUGGAGGUUCUUGUAAUUCCAGUUUCUGCAUUUGAUAGCUGAAGGGAAAUGCUGACAACAACUAGGCCUUCUAGUAGAAUAACUAGAAAGUAAAUGAAAGAAAAAUCUGUAUUAAUUUUAAAAUCAGAGAUAUUAAUGCUUUUGUUUGUUGUGCCAGCAAUUACGUUGCCACAUGGUUGUUAAGAUUGGCAAUGCAGCAGUUUUCUUUUGUUUUCAAUCCUGUUUCUUUCUAUUCCCUCACACAUAUUAAUUUGGAAUACUUGCAGAAUCAAGGCCACAUAAGUACAUUUUAUAUGCAGAAAUAACAACUGCAAAAAUGCCCCCAAUUUCUGUUUAAUACAAAGUUAAUAUUAAUAUUUCUGAAUACCUUGAACAAAAAAUGUUAUGUUAGAUCAGUUCCUACCAUCCUAGUAUUCUAGAUAAUUUCCUAGUUUUAAUUUUUUAAGUGACAUGAAGCAGGCUCUUCAUGAUGCUUGUUAUCAGCACAUAUCAGCAAAUCUUUCUGCUCAGAAAGAAGAGAUUUAAAAUUAAAUGUAGAUAUUUAAAAGUUAACUUCAGAUUUAGAACUGGACUUAAAUUAUUUUAAAGUUUCUGUUAUUCCUGAUGAUGAUGAUGAUGAUGAUGAUUAUUAUUAUUAUUAUUAUUGUUUUUGUUGUUGUCAUAGCAAACAUUAGGACAACUUGAAAACAGCAAUUUACAAUCUUAUUGACAGCCUUUAAUUCUUUUAUAUGUUUAUGAAUUCAUCAGUGUGUUUCUCCAUCUAGUAGACUUAUCUUUUUGUUACUGGAAGCAGACCUUUUCAGGCUGUACUCAUACAUUACACAAGAAGCAAACAAAGUAUUUUCUCUACUGUAAAUAAACCUACAUUUUUAAACCUAAGCAAAGUAAUACAGGCAUGUGUGUUAUCACUAAAACCUGGUUUGCAGUAAGAUAUUCAGCAAACUAAAAUGUAUCACUGUACUUAUUUUAGAUUACUCAUUGGAGUGCAUUAUGCAGCAUUUUUCAUUCAAAUAAAUAGAAACAUCCUUUUCACAAAAUGGCAGUGAGAAUGAGAUACUUCUUUACAAAAUGGGCCCUAGAAUAUUUGGGUAGCACUGAAAGCAGUGACUUCCUGAGCAAAACUACUACUAGAAAGUCAGAGAAAUAUCUCCUUUUCUAAAACAAUUCUAAUAAUGUUUCCAUGCCUCUAGAAAUCAUUUUUCCAUGUAACCUACUUCCUUAAAAACCAACCAGAACAUACACACACAUAUGUAUAUAAAGACACAUGCAUGCCCCUAAUCAAAAAACAAAAUUCUCUCCUCUCCUUCCUGAAAAAAGUGCUUAGAACUGUAAAACUAAGGUUGGAAAAAACCUCUGAGAUCACUGAGCACUGCCAAGCCCACUGCUGACAUGUCCCCAGGUCCCCCAUUCACAUGUCCUGCAAUUCCCCCAGAGGUGGUGACCCCACACUUCCCCAGGCAGCCUCUUCCAAUGCCUGAUCAUCCUUUCCGUGAGGAAAUCUUCCCCAGUAUUCAGCAUACACCUCCCCAGCACAGCUCAAGGCUGUUUCCCCUUGUCCUAGCACUUCUUACUUGAGAAGAGAAACCAACCCCUCCUGGCUGCAGCCUCCUCUCACGGAGUUGGAGAGUAAAAAAGCCUCUCUUGAGCCUCCUUUCCUGCCUGCAGGCUGAGCACCCCCAGCUCCCUCCACUGCUCCUCACCAGCCUGGUGCUUCAGACCCUUCCCCAGCUCAGUUCCCUUCCCUGGACCCACUGCAGCCCCUCAGGGUGUGUCUUGUGGUGAGGUGGCUUUUUUUACACUAACAAACAAACAAGUGUAUCCAAAGAAAGCAGUUCUGAAGAGGUACCCACAAUCCAUGGCAUCAGGAAUCCAGAGGUGACAACAGAGGUCUAAAAUGACAUCACAUCAAUGACGCCUUUAAGUUUUUGAAGUUCUACUCUUAAGGCUGGAAAAAGCUUCAAAACCUACAAAUGUAAAUUAAAGAUGUUAUCUGAAUUAAUAAAACUGCCUAAGAGGCUAUUUGUAAUUAACAGCUCCCAUUUCUCUUUCACUUCUACCCCAUCCACAGGUGUUUUAUCUUUGCAAGUAAACCUUAAAAUGCACAGUUGAGAUUAAUCUCAAUAUUUACUGCAUUGGCUGACACCAUUUGAAAUUAGAAAUAGACAUGUAGGGUUUGUGACAUCUUUAAUACUAAUUAAAAUAAACUGUUGCUGUUUUCUUAUGCCAACAGGUAAUACCUUGCAGUGGUGGUGGGACUGGUUUUUACUUCACCAGAAGCUAAUGGGAGGGAGCAGUUUAUUUUCCUGGCUGGCAUGUGGUAGUGAUGAACUUGCUGAGCACCAUCCUUACUCCAUUCUGGAACAAAGCAAGGCUCAGAAAGGAUCAGAGUUUUCUAAAUUUCCUCCUGUGGUGAUGAAAUCCACUGUUUCCACUGCAGGAGCUGUCUCUGCCUGACCCCAAACUGAAAAUAAUGCCAUGGGAGAUCAGCAGCCCCAGGUAAUGGGCAGAGGGUAAUGCAGUAGCAGCCCUUAAUUCAGUGUGGCAAAGCCUUUUGAGCUUUGAUAAAAUAAUUUUUGAUAAACAAUAAAAUAAUAAAUAAUUUGUAUCUCAGCUGUCCCUUUCCCCAGCUGUAACCUCAGAGGCAGCAGCACUGCCUGUUCUGAAAGUUUUGGUGUCAGCACACACAGCUCUUCAUUUCCACAGAACAGCACCAGGAAAGACUUUACUGGAGUGACAGCAGGUAAAGGUCUGGUGGGAUGGAGCUGCUUCUGGAAUCGUGGAAUAGAAAUUAUAAUACCAAAAUUAAGGAUGUUUGCAAAAACAUCUGGAUAAUGAGAGAGAUAGAGGAAAUAAAGCUGUGGGUACAUCUCCUCUAAGGGGCUACCCUUUCCCUUAAUUUACAUAUGCUGACCAGAAUAAGGAUCUCAAAACUAGGAUAUCCCCAGCCUCAGGGGAGAUAGCAGGUUUUAUGAGGUCCUGCCCUGAUAAAAUUACUGAAUAAAAAAAAAGUGAACAUAUUGGGAGGAAGCUGGUUGAUGCAGCAGCCUCAUCUAGCGGCAGGUGUUGAGAUUCUGGGUGAUCCCUGUAGGUGCUGACCUUCAUGGAGCAGCUGCUUAAAAUAGUUCUACACCAAGUGAGCAAAUGUAAGGAGAUAAGAGAAAAAACCCCAAAUGACAAAACAUAAACAUCAAAAAGAUUGCCAAAGAAAUCACACCACCCUCUAAGUCUCUAAAUUAAUUCCUGUUGAUUGUACAUAAUCCUGUGCUGUAUAACCUUCCUCAUGCUCCAAGCAGUAUCAGCAGCCACAGAAUGGAAUUAGGUUUUCUCUCAGCACAGCCAAGGAAGCUGCCAGGUCUUGUUCCUGCACAGCCAGAGCCUGCAGAGCUCACAGCAUCCCAGUGUGGGAAUAGCAACUAGCCCAUCCCUCAAAGACCUUUGUGUUAGUAAAGAAACCGACAUUCCCAUACACCAAAUCAUGCAACACUUUGUAAUAUAAAUUAAAUGCUUCUCACAGCACCCAGAAGUUGCGAUCUUGUACAAUCUUUGUACAUUUGGGUCAAAUGUGUUGUGUUUUUUUUUAAAAAUAAAGGCAUAACAAGCAGUGUGUGGGGAGUGAUGUAAACUGACAUGGAUCAGGUUCCCUGAAGCUGCAUGUCUCAGAUUGUGUAUCCAAUGAUCAGACUUCUGGUUGUUGGACUCUCUUGGAAUCCAACUUCAUUUUUUUUAGCAUGGAGAAUAAAGACACAAAGAAUAGAGAUAACCACUAAAGCUACAGCAGAGCAAAAUCCGUACUCUCUUAACACACCCAAUCUCAAGAAAUAUUUCUGCUAAAUACAUGGGGAAAAUUGCUCCAGUGAUAUCUCGUAAAGUAAUUAUAAUUCAUCAUCUUUGUAGGAUUAGCAAGGUACAAGCCUGAUAUGUUCUUUUUGGUUUUUUUCUCUGAAAAAGAAGACAUGGCCAUAAAUUAAAAGCACACAACACUUGAACAGUGCAAAAACGAAAGGGGAGCAAGGGCUUUAAUCUCCUAAACCUCUGUCUAACCUAGGGGUUAAAAUAAAAAACAACUGUAGCCCUCAUUAUUGAUACUCAGCAGAAUAAAAUCAACCCAGGAAGUUUUGUAUAUUCACAACUUCAGUCCUGGUGAUGAAAAGGGAGGCAUCAGAGCAGGUACCCUUAUUCUCUAGAGGCAUUUUGCUGCCUUUGUGCUGUUGUCAGUGGUUUCCUCGUUAUGAUUUCCAUGUCUGCUGGCAACAGGAACAAUGCUGAAACAUCCUUUGAAACGGCCUUGUGAAACCCUGGUGGUGAACCAUAAUUCAGUAAUUCUUCUGCAGCUCUGCUCCCAUCCCUCCAUGGUGCAGCACUCCAAACAUAUGCAGCAGGAAUGACACAGUGGUUGCAGUGGAGAGCUCUAGGCUGGUGCUUCAUUAGUUACUGCCCAUAAAGAAACACUCUCAACAGCAUGGAGCACUGCAAAAGUAUGAAACAGAAUUCAGGAAAAGCCCUCAUUCUUAUUUUCAGUAGUAGCUCAUGGGGAAAUUGUGCAUUCAUCAGCUGUUGAAGCUCCAUGGCCGUGUAUUGUCACUAUUUAUGUCUAUGCUGAGAACAAAGAAGCAGCAGAUUUUUUUCCCCUGUUAAAUACAUUGUACAAUGAAAGAGUUCAGCUUUCCCUUGACAAGGUGCACAAAGCUUGCCAAAUGCAAAAAGAAGCUUUCCAAAUUUUUCAAAGCUUUUUGAAGCUUUUUCAAAUUUUUCCUAUUUUCCAAAUAGGGCACAAAGGUUUUGCAAUGGUAUUCCAUCAUCAUACUUCAGAAACACAGAAAAUUUAAUGGGAGUAAAAUGCUUUUCUGCAGCUCUACCUAUUCCUUUUCUAUAAAUCUGGAUACAGUCUUGGGCUUUCAGAGACAUUUAACUUCCCAGAUGGGUAGAAAGUUCUUUCAGGUGUUUUUUGAUGUACUAAUAUAUAAAACUAUUUUUGGCUGAAGGUUUCAGGAUAUUCUAAGGGUUAGGGAAAAGAAAAGGUUUUUAAAAUUGCAAUGUCCUUUUUUUUUCUACUCCUUCCUCUCCUAAAUAUAUAAACAGGUACAAAAGAGUUAUCAGACAAGCCUAACCAAUUCUGUGACUACAAUGACAUUUCAAAGCAGUACUGAAAUUGGCAAUAAAUCUUUGUCUACAAGCUGCUUAAUGUGCAGUAAAUGAGAAGGUGGAUGGUUGUUUUAACUGGGUGUGCUCCUUGGAAUAUGAAAUGGAUCAACUACAGUCAGUUCCAUUAGAAAAUCAAAUUUUCACUUAAGGAAGAGUAAGCAGAAAGGUAGAAGAGAAUACUACAUGAAUAACAGAAAGCGUUAAUGUUUACAGUGAUGUAAAAAAAGUUGAAAUUUAAUCUUGUAGAAAAGAUAGAGCCAUAAAGGCUUGAGUGUUGAAUAGAAAUAAAAUGGAAAUAUUUUCUGUUUUCAUGCCAGAACUCACACUGUCAUGAUGAACAAAAAAGAGAAUGGAUGUAGGAUGUCAAAGGGUUCCAAGAUGACCAGACAUAGAUGCAAUACACAUCAAUUAUGUUGCAAUACACAAAAAUUAUGUCUUGUAUACAUAUAUAUGUUGUGUACAAGAAAAAUCACAGAAUGGUGCCCGUGGGGAGGUGGUGGCUGUGGUGAUGAAGGAGAACUUGUAGAGUUUUAGCCUGGCUGAUGCUGAAGUUGCCUCCUUGAGUUCCAGCAGAGCUGGGAAGGGAGCAGCAGGGCCAUGGGAGUUGUUGCUACCCUGUACAAGCAUGAAGUAGAAAAAUCUAGAACCAAAGCCAGCCCAGGGAGCCUGGGGCAAACAUUCUGUCUACUGUGACUCAAGUUUGAGGGUACAGUUACCACACAGUUUAAUUUGAUGUAAGAAACCGAAGGAAGACAGUACUCCAUAUUGAAAAGGCCCUCAAGUAAAUUUUUUGUAGUGAUACAAUCUUCUAAGUGGCCACAUAGUUAGGACUCCUGAUUUUUGAAAAUGUACGUAGUAGAAAACUUUUCAAGGAUAACCACAAUCCCUACACCAAUCUGAGAGCUGAAGUUAUUGCCUCCAUUCUCAGAAUAAAUUACUGGCACAUUUAUUUUUGGCCUCUCCACAAACGGAUGUAAAAGUGUGGGUACAUCUGAAAAGAAAUGGGGUUUUUAUAUGUAUUCUGCUGCAAAUACUGCACCACCAGUUCAGUAAAUUUUUGAUUGUGGUUAACAGGCAAUUCUGCUCAGACAUUCAUCACAACAGAGAUGAGAAGAUACACCAGAGUGCAUUAUUGCUUUGAGGGGCAAUACAUACUAUGGGUGGGCUCCCUAAGAACUGUUUCAUUUCAACUUCAAUGUGUAUAGAAGUUCAUACUAGACUUAUCAAAUUCUAGAAAUAAAGAUUAGUAGACAAAAGGGAAAAGUAGUGCCAGUAGAGUAUUAUGCUAACAGUGAAGAAUUCUUUCCCAGAAUAUGUUUUUUUAGUGUUAGGGGUGGGGGUGCUUCAACCUACUUAAAUUUUUCUAAGGCCUGGGGCUUCUACCUCUUCCCCUGGGAGAUUGUUCUAGAGUCUAUUAGAAUUCACCAUUAGAAAGCUUUUCCUGAAAAUGAAUUUAAAUAAUCCUUUUUGUAAUUUUUAUCGCAUUAGUCUCAGUUAUACCCUUUUGCUUUAAAUAGUUCCUCUAACUAUGGUUUAUAUCUGUUGAAUAUUUUUAGAUAGUUAUCAAGUUCAUUGCCUUUGGCCAUUUAUUGGAGAAGCUAUGAAACCCUUCUCAUCCCAAUUCAUUCCUUCACUUUUGUAUUUCUUACCUUUUCAUUAAAUGUCUUUAAUCCACAAACUAAAUCCCAUGCUAUUUCCUUAAAUGAGUCACAGUCAGUUCAUUCCCUUAAGGUGCUCUGUGUUGGUGUGUGUCACUGCAUAAGUUGUCAAACAUUAAACAAGAAAUUUGAAUUGAAAACUGAUUUUGUAAAAAUCUUUUUUGUAAUCUAUGGAUAAGUUCUCAUAUGAUAUGAAUUUGGCAGUGUAUUUUACAUGGGUAUAAUUUAACAAAAUAUAAAUAAACAUGAAAUAAAUAUAAAUAAACAAUGAAUAAACACUGGAGUCAGCUAAACAGUAAUACAAAGUAUAAUAUGUUAAAAAUUAGAUUGCUGUCUUUAAUGUGAAAACAGACAUUGGUCUGUUCAUGUGCCCAUGUUUUUAAGUGUCCCUACAAUAAACAGAAGCUAUUACCCAGUAGUUUCACUAAGACAGAUAAUACUGCUUCUCCUCAGAUAUCAGUAGAAUGCACCUACUUUCUUAAACGCUCAAGAUUUCUAGCCAAGCACUAACUGCUGCAAAGAAAUAGAAUUGUGCCAGCUCUUCUGGUUACUGCCAUGCCUACCCUUCUAUUGCAAAUUCAUGAUCCAUUUCUGGUCUCUGGAUGGCAUGAUGACCUUGUGUUUUGUUUCCAAGCAUGCCCCAAGCACACCUGUGUUCUCUGGCUCAGAAGCCACACAGGCAAACAGGGAGGAUGCACAAAGUCAGCUUGGGUCUUUUCACUGAAGUGUUUCCUUCAUCUGCUCCUGCCUUCUGUACCUGAACUCCAAACCUUGAACUCCAAACUGAAAUCUUUGUGCUGGAAGAGCCACUGCAUCACUAAGACCCAAGGAAAAUAGAAUUUGAUUUCUUCCUCAUUUGCUCUGUCUGCAAAGAUUGGCGUAAAGGGGAGAGCAGAUACACUGACGGCUCCAGUGGUGACUUUAGUGAGCUCUCUGCUUCCUUCAGCACAUCUCUGUCCCCAGUGAGUGCAAAUUGUGCAAACCAUAUUGUAGGAAACUCUCAAUUGCCAGGAGUGGGUUUAGGUCAGAUGAGCAAACAAUGACUGCUGUGGCAGUGGCUGCUUGCUGUCACUGCUCUGCUCACCUUCCCAAAAUGAGACAUGGCAUAGGGAGUAGCCAAGGUCUGAUGGACAGGGGGGAAGAUGAAUGAGCCCUGCAAGGUCAGGUUGCAACACAAAGGAGAGGAAAAAGAAGAGGAAUCCCUGAGAAAGGAGCUGUGAAACAUGACUUUCGACGAGCAGCAGGGCAGGAAUCAGACAGGCACCCUGAAUGUUGUUGCAGUAUGGUGAAAGGAGUUGUUCUAGUUAGAAUUAACCAUAUAUUAAAUAUUUUAUAUUUUACUUAGAGUGUAGGAUUUUGAAGAGCUGAGAAAUAAUCUCAUCAUGUUGAAUGUAACAGCUGUGCUCUAAGUGGCUGGGACAAUUCUAUUUCAUAUUUCAUCAUCUCUUGACAGUAAAAAUGGUAUUUCAUCUGCUUGCAAAAAUGUACAAUUUUCCCCACACAGUUUGUCAUUUCCCAUAUUGCUUCCAUGUUAGGAUUGGUUCUUGUUGAGGAGCAGUAACUGCAGAUGGUAGCAUGUAUUUUGUAGCUUGGGAUUCCUUCCUGGCUGUCCAAAGUCUGUGUAGUUGUGGCCACUUCUAUGGAUAAUAAAAAAUAUACCAGAGAAGGGAUUAAAUAAACACAUGCUGUAUGGUUGUACAUAGAGUUGUACUCCAUAAAUGUGUCUCAAACCAACAGACUGUUCAACCCAGGAAAAAUGCUCUUACAUGAAAUAUCUUAUUGUUGAUGUGAAGCAACCAUAAACCAUAUAUUGAAAUGUCUUGUUGCAGAUGCUAAAUGCAUUUCUGAAAGCAUGAAUCUACACAAUUUAUGCAGUAUGAUUAAUUAAAUUACUAUAUGCGAUUAAAAAGAUGAAUAUGAAAUGAUUUUUAAUAGAUAUGAAUCGGCUGUUUGUUUUUUUAAAAAAAAAAAAA